UAUAUAUAAACACAUGCUACACUUUGUUUUCGCCGGUGAAUUUUCCGGUCAGUAGAAAGAAGAACUGAUCACCGGAUAAACUCGCCGGAAAAUGGACGAGUCAUGGAGAAUGCCAAUGGGAUUAACAUCUGCACUUCCUCGCCGGCGAUCCAUGGAAGACAGGUCAUCUUCACGGACACGGCAGUCCAUCUUCUCCAACACCAACCUCUCCGUAACGGAAACCUUAGACCCCGACGACUUCGCCGACGUCUUCGGAGGUCCACCUAGAAGUCUCCUCACGCAUAAAUUCUCCAGGACCGGUUCUUUCUACGAAGAAAUUUUCAAACAGCCGGCGUUUGUGUCUCCGGCGCCGGCAAAAAGUGGCCGGAACUUGCCGGUGUUCAGGAUUCCGGCGAAGAAUGAUGCGUUUUAUGGAGAUAUUUUUGGUUCCGAUGAUGAUCGGAGAUCGAGAGAACGGUCGGGGUCACAAUCGAAAGCAAAAUCAAAGUCGAAUUCUUCGUCGGUGUUGAGUUCCGAGGAGCUGAGCCCUCUCCGGCCGGCGGUGAGUGAUGACGUGGCACUGUCAGCCUUUACUUCAAAGCUAAGGCCAAUCAAAGUUCCAUAUAAAUGGAACUCAUCUAGUGUGAUGUAUGAGGAGCACCCAAUUAAACAAAAGAGACAUUAUCCUGGAAAUCAAUCUUUUGAUUUCCAGGAUAAUGGGUACUCAAGAAGAGUCACAUCCCCGGAAACAAUCAGUGUUGAAUCCAAUUCAUAUCAAAGCAUCAAAGUAUCAUCCACAUAUGAUUGGGAACUCAGUCCCCCAUUUUCUGCCGUCUCUGGAGUUUGUCAAGAGCCUGAGCCAAAAUCAUCGGUUCAUGAUCAUGCGCUUCCAGAACUAGUUAUAGAGCAGGAUGAUGAUGAAGAUGAGGACGAAGUUAUGAGUUCCUAUGUUAUAGAGAUUAACUCUAACCUAAGAGAGGAAAACUUUGGAACUGAAGCUAUCGAUGAAGCGAUUGCAUGGGCCAAAGAGAAGUUUCAAUCGGGAACUAAUGAAGAAUCGGAUUUAAGAAAUGAUGGCGGUGUGCAAAAUACAGAAAUGGAAGGAAUGCCUAGUGCAGACGAAUACCAUGAUGAUGGACUCGGAAUGGUUGAAUCUCCAGAGAAGUUACAGCCAGAAACAGAGAAGUUGGACACAGAUAUUAGAUUGUGGUCAUCUGGCAAGGAAACCGACAUCAGGAUGCUGCUUUCGACACUACAUCGUAUUCUGUGGUCUCAGAGUGGCUGGUCUGCAGUUCCUUAUAUGAGUCUAAUAGAAAGUUCGCAAGUGAAGAAAGCGUAUCAGAAAGCAAGAUUAUGCCUCCACCCUGACAAACUUCAGCAAAGAGGAGCAACGCUCUUACAGAAGUACAUAGCAGAGAAGGCUUUCUCCAUUCUUCAGGAUGCAUGGACGACAUUCAUUUCUGAAGAUGUUUCUUUCUAUACAGUAAAUCACUCUUAAAUCCGGGGAUUACGCAGUUUUGGUUUAAAGCAUGGGAACAAACACCAAGCAUUCAGAAUGAUGGAAGUGUUGGUUUCCAUGCAGCAGCAAGUACAUGUUUAAGUACAUUAGUUUUGAUUUUGAAAACAGAAAAUCCUUUGUACAAAUAGUUGUCUGAUGGAGCUUCAACUGUUUUAUUUCUGUUUGUAUCAUCAUAUGUUGUUGAUGCUUUUGUAAGUAUUGUUUUGGAAGUAUUUAAAAAGUUUUUUGAUUGCUUGUAUUGACUUGUAUAUGAGGACAUGGAGCCCAAGAAAUCAGUUUUUCUAUUUAAUUUUGA